AUGCAGGGUGUAUACGCGGCAAACAAAGUAUCAGCCGAUAUGGCUCUAACGCGCUUGUUGCCAGAUGUAGGAAAGGAUUGGGGAGCUCGAUACGUUACAACUUUAGAAAACGUUAAAAAGGAAUACUGCAAGCAGAAAUCUCAAGAAGAUGAUUCACAGUACAGUGAGUCGUUUACCUGGAUUAAUAAACUAAACGAGCCAGAGACCGGUGCGGACGCAGCAAUGGACAAGACGGCUGAUUACACGAUUCGACAUCCUGCAAUAGUACGCCCGGCUUUCCCCCAGCCUAUAAAUUAG